UGAGUGAUGAUGGCUCUAACGCUCGCUGUGCGUCGUGCCCGGAUUAGCAGCGCUGCUGCUGUGCGAGGCUCGUUUUUAACGCAGCGGAGGCGAAAGAUUCUCCUUCAUGGUUUAGAGCCGUUAAACGGCGCGGCUCCUGCUCCUCCGCCGGGCUCUGAGCUGUAAUCUCUCUCUGAAGGCGGACUGUAAGCCGCUCUCGCGGUGAACACCGCGGGACUCCCUUAUGGGGAGCACGAGCUCCUGCUGUGCGUCCACGAGCCCCAAGCUCAGGAGCAGCGCGCGCUCCCGACCCGAGGAGCCAGAGAAGAUCUGCGAGGAGCCGAGCUACAGCCUGCAGCAUAUCAGCGACAGAGAGCACGGAGAAGAACUCAAUUUGGAGAGCAACCCUUCAGAUCAUCCACGAGCCAGCACUUUAUUCCUCAGCAAGUCACAGACAGACAUUCAGGAUAAACGUGAGAGGCUGUAUGUAAAUCAUCAUCAUGGCACAAGCAGAAAGAGAUACAGCUCCUGCUCCACUAUCUAUCUGGAUGAUAACACAGUCAGCCAACCCAACCUCAAAUUCACCAUCAAGUGCGUCUCUUUGGCCAUUUAUUACCACAUAAAAAACAGGGAUCCUGAUGGCCAGUCACUGCUGGAUAUCUUUGAUGAGAAGCUCCACCCACUAUCGAAGUCUGAGAUACCUGAAGACUAUGAUAAGCAGAACCCGGAGCAGAGGCACAUCUAUCGCUUCAUCAGAACACUGUUCAGCUCUGCUCAGCUAACUGCUGAAUGUGCCAUCGUAACACUGGUGUAUCUGGAGCGCUUGUUGACAUAUGCAGAGAUUGAUAUGUGCCCAGGGAACUGGAAGCGUAUUGUACUGGGGGCCAUUUUACUGGCCUCUAAAGUGUGGGAUGACCAGGCUGUGUGGAAUGUGGACUACUGUCAGAUCCUCAAAGACAUCACAGUAGAGGACAUGAAUGAGUUGGAACGAGAAUUCCUGGAGCUGCUGCAGUUCAAUAUUAAUGUCCCGUCCAGCAUUUACGCAAAGUAUUACUUUGACCUGCGUUUGCUAGCAGAAGCCAACAAUCUCACCAACCCUACUGAAGCCCUCAGUAGAGAAAGAGCACUUAAACUAGAGACAAUGUCUCGGCUGUAUGAGGAGUAUAAGAAUCUUAGCAAAGCAUCGCCCCAGCGUUCUGUCAGUGUUGACAACCUAACCAUGACAAGAUGGGUCCCAGCCAUUUUAUCAUAACACAGACACAACAACUAUAACACAGCCUGAAAAACUAAGUUACUCCAUCUUCCCAUUACCUCCAAAUACUGUAGACAAGCACUGGAGCUAUGAUGCUAAUGUAGCUAACAAGUAAUGGAAGCCUAUACUAAUUAAUUAGCUUUAUAAAAUACAUGCCUAUAUUAUCACACACCUUUCUUAAACUACACUGAGUUUUUAAGUAAUCUAAAAUAGACCUGCUUUUGUGGUUUCUGAUGGUGAUUGGACAGGUUCCUGGCACACUGGAUGGACUAUGAUUGGAUUUAGCAGGGGAAAAGCUGUGCUCAGAAUUUAAGCUAGUUUGUCGUUUUUUGGUGAGUUUUAAAAAGUAUGUAACACCAAUAAACUGCAUUGCUAAGUAAUGCAGCUGACAUGUGAUUAGGCUUUACUUCUCCCUGCAUCCCAUCUGUUAUUCAUACAUUGACUGACAUAUAUUUCAGUCACUCUUGUUGAGAGGAAGCUAUAGGCUGGCCCAUCUGUAUCAUUCACAGUCAACUUCAGCAGUUAAUUCAUUUUGGUGAGCUUUAAACAUUUUUUGACUGGAAACUAUUGAAGAAAUCUAGCAUCCCUUGUUUCUGACGUUAUGAUAAACUGUUCCCUGUAAAAAUUGACAAAAGUAUGAUUUAGUGUGCAUAAUGCUAACCUGUUGGCUAGAGGCUAUUACGUACUUGUUAGCUACAGACCAGUGACAAAUUAAAGGAAAAACCAUCAUGAAGUGUCUUACUGAGGUGUUGGGGCACCACAAACUACCAGAACAGCUUCAGUGCACCUUGGUGUAGAUUCUGCAAGUCUCUGGAGCUGUACUGGGUAGAUAGAACACCAUUCAUCCAAAAGAUUGCCUUAGUUAGUGUUUUGAUGAUAGUGUUGGAGGGCUCUAUUUAACACGUCUGUUCAAAAUCUUCAACAGGUGCUCAGCUGGAUUUAGAUAUGGGGAUUGCAAAGUGCCAUAGCAUUUGAUUUCAUUAUAGGAUAAAGGUGAUAAAUUAACAUAACUUUGUAUUGGUUUGCAGUUACCCUCCCCUCUAUAGAGACAAGUAGACCCAAACCAAGCUAGCAAAAUGCCCUCCACAGCAUAACAGGGGCAUUAGACCCACUCGCUUUAGGGGUCAGGCAUUCAGGUAUCUUCAUGGUGUAUACCACACAUGCCCUCCCAUUUGUAGAGAUGGUAAACAAUGACUCAUGUGACCAUCUGAUCAUAUCACUGUUUUCCACAUCUCUGUUGACCAGUUACUGUGAUUUUUACACCUUAGAGCUCUGAAAUGUGCAUUCAUCUUAGUAAUGAGACGUUUAUGAUCUGCAGCUCUCCUAUCAAAUCUCUAUCUGUGUAGUUCUUGCUGACUGGUCAUGUCCUCCAAUGAUAUUCUCAGUCACCUGGGGAACAUCUCUUUUAUUUUUUCUUAACUCAUAUCACACUAAGCAUCAUUCAGUAUGUACUGUCAACCACAACUUCCAAAGCCAUUUCCUGAUGUUGUUCCCAUAGGUCUAAACGCAAAUAUCAUGUAACAUAAACUAUCACCAAAUUAUCACAUUAUUCAGCAGUACAGAAAGUCAGGAGAUCCACAGAACAUGGGAUCAAGCCUCAGUGACUACUGGAACAAGAUGUCUAUUUCUAGAAACAAAAAUAAUAGUACUAAUCAUCUGUCCUACUGGUUCCAGGACUAAAGACUCCAAUACUAUGCCAUGGCCUGCUUCUCUGACCCUCUGGAUUGCAGGACUGGUCUCACAGUUUCAUAAGCUCUAGGUCCAUGGCAGUACAUUCACAGUAACGUUAAUCCAACGGAUUCAAUCCUGGUCCUGGAGUACAAUCACCCUGCAAGCUGGUGUGUUCUUCCUGCUCUAAAACAACCAGUUUGCAUCAGGACGGGCUGACCCAGCUUAUCAACCACAAACAUUCUGAUGUUGAAUGUCCAGGAAAAAGAGCAAAUUAAUAAGUGUGAAUUGGAGGGGGAGGAAACUUUUCCACCAUAAACACACAGGGAUACUGCAUUAACUCAGCAUUUGUCUUUGUUGGUAUUCUGGAAUGUUCUAGAAUGGCAUCUUGAUUACACAGUGCUUUUACAUGAUCAGGAUGUCCUUUAUUCUCAAAUGAACUCCAAAAAUCUUUAGAUGUUUUGAAGCACACAUUUUCUGAGCCGAUUCUCCAUUAGGGUCGCAGGGGGGUGCUGGAGCCUAUCCCAGUAGUCAUUGGGUGGAAGGCAGGAUACACCCUGUCACCAGUCCAUUGCACACAGACAGAUCAAUCACUCACACACUCACAAUCACUCACACACUCACACCUAGGGGCAAUAUAACAUGUCCAAUUGGCCUGACUGUAUGUCAUUGGACUGUGGGAGGAAACUGGAGAACCCAGAGGAAACCCACACAGACACUGGGAGAAAAUGCAAACUCAACACAGACAGGACCCCAGUCGGGGAAUCGAACCCAGGCCCUCCUUGCACUACCACACCAGUGCCACACCACUGUGCCACCCACGUUUGGAAGCUUGACAAUUAAAUAAUGGAGAAAUCUUGGAAUUUGAAAGAUUUUUUUAAUGCCAUUGAGAAACAUAUCCAAGAUUCUACAACUAACCCAAAUAUGGUGUAUUGAACCUGGGCUGUGAAUGAAAUGGAUCCUUACUCCCUCUUUAGAACAGUUACCAUUGAUGAGCGGCAGGCAGUAAACGUGUUAGGGGAGGGGCGUACAAUUCCGCAAAGGGCUGGUGUGACUGCAAGUUUUCAUUUAAUCAAAGUAGGAGCACAUGUAUUCCCGGAUAGAAGGAGAAGAGGGAGAAGAGGGAGACCUCAGAGAAGGUUUAUGGAUGUAGUGAAGGUGGACAUGGAGAUGGUUGGUGUGAAAGUAGAGGAGGCAAUGGAGAGGGCAAGAUGGAGGCAGAUGAUCCGCUGUGGCGACCCCUAAAGGGAGCAGCCGAAAGAAGAAGAAAGAAGAGGAGCACAUGUGUUCAGUCGGUUGAAAACUGAUCAAUUGAUUAAACAAGUGAAAUCCGGUGUGCAUUUGUUUGCUUGGAAUGAAAAUGUGCAGCAACACCGGCACUUUAGUGGAUAAGAUUGGACACCACUGUCUUUGUUUUUAACUGUACAGAGCUGCUGUUUCUGAUAAGUUUAUUUUUAAUGGCUCAGCUGCCACAACAAAUGUUAGCUAACAUUAGGUUGCUAGAUAACAAGACGCUCACAAUGACUGCAAUAUUCCAAUGAUGCAAUAAUUACUGCAUAUAGCUGGAACAUUAUACAGUGCAUCAACAGAGAAUGUAAUGCCUUCACAAUCACUUUGGACUUCCAUUUACAAAUCAGAUACUACACAAAGAAGAAUAAUACAUUUAAUUUCCCAAAAACGCAAAUCAAUUUCAGUCAUAGCCCAGUGUAUUCUUUCUCUGAAUAUUCUAUAGUCAGCGCCAGUGUUAAAAGUGGAUUCAUGUGUUUUUCUACCCUUGGUAUUAUAGAACAGCUAUCAUAUACUAGAAUUAGUAUAUUAAGACUGGGGAGGCUUUGAAUUUUAGAGGAUCCAGUGCUACAAUAAGGGUUAGAUUUAGGAGUCGUGCUUUGUUGCCUUUGACAAUAUUUUAAGGUCUUAAUAGAGUAAUAGAUAUAACUUGUAAAUUGAUAUUUACUCUGUUCAUCUUAAUGCCUUCUGCCAAAGACAGUGGAAACCAGCAAAAUGUCUAAUUUUGAAGCCAGGGAUAAAUCUUGUGUCUUAUACAGUAUUUAGGAAUAUCUAUUUGUUUUCUUUGUUACACAUUUAUUUAUUAUACGCUUGAUCUGUUUUUGCAGGGAUAUAUACCAUAAGGAAUUCUUUUGUAAUAGCAAAUGAACAAGAUUCUAAGUAGCCCUGAAAGUAUUACAAUU